AAUGAGGUUGCCUUCCACCAAACAAACCUUAACUUUAUUCUCCCCCCGUCCCUCUUCCUCUCCACCUUCAACCCCACACCUUCCCGUUAGCGUCACUCGUUAAUGGCCGCUGCAUAACCUAUUACCAUAUAUACCCACACUCCUUAAGAUCGUAUAUACUAGUCCUCCUAUGGUAAAUAAAUUAUGAAACUCUCUACUCUCCGAUCUCUUCUCGGCCUUUUGCUCCUCCACUUGGGAUGUUUCGUUUUCUCCCCCGCCACCCAACGCCGCCGCGGUGAAGCUCGCCGUCGGCGGAGCGAAAGGCUAUCUCCUUCGCGUCUCAAACGCGCCACCGCCCGAGCCGCUUCCCUCUCUCGGCUAUUCGCUAAACGCCUCUUCCAUUGCGCCGCCGCGCCUACGCCGCCCGAGCGCCUUCGCCCUUCCGCCCCAUCUCCGUGUUCCUCUUCUAGAUCGCUGACGAAAUCCAUCUUCAUUACUUCAGCAUCGCCCGAGAAGCUGUUCCAGGGUCGAGUUUCUGGGCCCGGAUACUAUACCCGACCCGAGUUGUACCCGUGCGGCAUUUGCGGAGAGAUUUUCCACGGCGGCGGCGCGCUCGAGCAGCACCGGUUUUCAAAGCACGCGAUCUCGGAGCUUGUGGAAGGCGAUUCGGGUCACAACGUUGUACGGAUGAUAUUCAAGUCGGGUUGGCCCGUGACCGCGAAGAAACCGGUCGUAAAUCGGGUCCUGAAGAUCCACAGCAGCCCGAAGAUUCUGGCCCGGUUCGAGGAGUACAGGGAGCGCGUGAAGUCGAGAGCCGCGCGGCGCGUCGCCCGUAGGGGCGGCGACGAGAGGUGCAUCGCCGACGGAAACGAGCUGUUGAGGUUUUACUGCACCACGUUCCUGUGCGACUUGAGCGGCGGCGCGUGCGGGCACCAGUACUGCAGCGUGUGUGGGAUAAUCCGGACCGGGUUCUCCGUGAAGAUGGACGGGAUCCCGACGCAGCCGUCCGGGUGGAAGGCCCACCGGGCGGUGCCGGAGGAGAUAGAGGAGGAGUUCAAGUUUAUGAACGUGAAAAGGGCGGUGAUUGUGUGUCGGGUCGUUGCGGGUCGGGUCGGGUGUGACCCGGGUUUGGCGGGGAAGGAGGAUCCGAGUUUCGACUCCUAUAUUAGUGGGGUCGGCCCGAGAUCGGACGGCGAAGAUGAACUGUGGGUGUUCAAUCCUACGGCUGUGCUGCCUUGCUUUGUCAUAGUCUACACUGUAUAGAACUUUCAAAAUUGCGAACUUGUCUUUGGGGAACAAU